CAGAUCGGUGGGCUCCACUUCAAACAUCUUGCAGACCACGACUGUGCUGCAGGAGGUCUCUGCAAAACGCCGCUGCAAUGAUCCCAUUUGAUGCAGCACAGAAGAAGGUUACAGGUGGGGCGUGGUUUGAUAUCUCGCUGAAUUAUCUCGUAGAAGGCUUCAACAAACACCACAAAGACGCGUUUAGCAGCUAUUGUCUCCUGCAACAGUAAAAAUGGACCAAAAGUGGAUUUGGAUUCUGGUGAUUCUCGUGUUUUGUCAAAAAAUUACUUCAGUAGACAGCAGAGAUGUACCUGUUAAGGAAGGGAAGUCGGUUAUCAUCAACUGUGAGCUUCAAGACAAGGGCUCCAUGGUUGUCUGGUUGCGAAUUCUGGACACAUCUGGCAUGGAAUUUAUUGCAUCCUUCAGCAUCACUGGUGUCCUUAAGCAAUCUGGGCCCUCCUUCGAUUCCAUCUUCAGUUACCAAACGAAUAAGCCAGGUACCCUAACGCUGCAGUCCUUCAACAAAAACCGUGACAGCGGCGUUUACAGCUGCGGUGUCCUCAAGAAUAGUGCACUUAUAUUUGGCCCAACAACCCGACUGUAUGCAGAUACAGUCCCAGUUGAACCGACAAAGUCCGUCGUCGUCGCCACCAAAGAAAGUCUAUGCACAACUGCCAAGCCAUGUGUCUGUACAAACAAUAUGAAGCCAGCGCCAACCAAUCCUGAGCUGUUUUGUGAUCCGAUCAUUCUGGGCCCACUGGCGGGCGGCUGUGGACUUCUUCUUCUAAUCCUCAUCAUCAUCACCCUUUACUGCAACAAAAUAAGAACCCGAAGGUGUCCACACCAUUACAAACGAAAACCACGCACGGAUGCUCCUGGAAAACAAAUGAUGAACAAAAGACACGUCUGAUCUAAAUGGUGCACUGGACAUUGCUUUAAAUGGAAAUGAAGUCAAACGCUUGUGUUACUGUUGCAGAAAUGACUUUUCAUCUAUUCACAGUUUAAUCACAUUUUGUUGCCAACUUGAAAUUAUAAAAAGUUUUAAAGUGGUUCAAGGAUUCAACACAUCAAACAAUUUCAGAUUCCUUCAUCGUCAACAUCCAGUUUUCACGUUGAUGUUCGACAGACGAUGAUGCUGCACAGUCACAUUCACAUUGAACUCUUUAAUCAAAUCUAUUUAUCCAAUCCCUGUUAAUAACAGAAAUCCUGAGAAUAUUAAAAUCACUCUAAUUAAUGUGUAUUUUUUUCAAAAUGUAUGCAAAAAAUGUAUAAUUCUUUUUGCUUUUGCACAGAGACAAAGCCCAUUUUUAACUGUUUAAGUGACUUCCUUCAGCAGUUUUUUUCUAACCUUAAUUUCUGUAUUGUCCUUUAGUUUUUGAUUU